AUGUCAGAUUCCGCACGGUCAAAAGCGUUCCCGGAUGGACCGCGGGUCUUGAUCAUUGGGGCGGGCUCGCGAGGCCGGACCUAUGCCAACACCGUGGCAUCGUCAACCAACGGCGUGGUCGUGGCUGUUGCCGAGCCGGACGAUUACAAGAGGAACAGGUUCGGUGAGACCAAGAUAUGGGGCUUCCAGUCGCCACCGCCGGAAGGCGCAGCGUUCGCUGACUGGAAGGACUUCAUCUCGUACGAGCGACAUCGCCGGGCCCGUGUUAAUGCGGGCGACAAGGACGUCCCCCCUGGCGUGGAUGCCGUCUUUGUCUGCGUCUUGGAUGAGAUGCACCGAGAAGUGGUCGAAGCCCUCGCCGGUCUUGGGGGCUUGCACAUUAUGUGCGAGAAGCCGCUGGCAACCACCUUCCAGGACUGCAUCGACAUGUACACGGCCCUGCAAUCCAACAAAAUCCCAGGGGGGCAGCAGGCUGUCUUCUCCAUCGGACACGUCCUGCGCUACAGCCCGCACAACAUGCUGCUCCGCAAGCUGGUCGUCCAGGACCGCGUCAUCGGGGACAUUCUGUCUGUUGUGCAUACGGAGCCCGUGGGGUGGUGGCACUUUGCCCACAGCUACGUCCGCGGGAACUGGCGACGUGAGAGCAUUUCGGCUCCCAGCUUGCUCACUAAGAGCUGCCACGACAUUGACGUGUUGCUGUGGCUGUUGUGCUCGCCCGCAAAUUGCUCGGCCCCGGACUGCCCUCCGCCUCAUCUCCCAUCCACCGUGACCAGUACCGGCUCGCUUCAGUACUUCAAGCGGAGUCGCAAGCCGGCCGAGGCAGGCGCUGCCACAAACUGCCUCUCAUGUCCCGCCGAGAGUGUUUGCAAGUACUCGGCGAAGCGCAUCUACGUCGGCAAAGACCUGGCUGGUGUCGAGUCCGGCAACAAGAAAUGGCCCGUGAGCAUCGUGCUCCCCGACAUCGAGUCCUACGGGAGCGAGACCGAGGCAAGAGACGCGAUGCUCAAAGAGCUGGCCAAAGACUACGACGCGGAGACGCCGGACUCAGAAGUGGCCCGGCGAAACUGGUUCGGCAGGUGCGUCUACGAAAGCGACAAUGAUGUGUGCGACGAGCAGGUCGUCACCAUGAGUUGGGAUGAUGACCCGCUGCCGGGGGUCGACGCGGGCAGCAGCCGCAAUGCAAAGACGGCUGUCUUCCACAUGGUUGCACACACGAAAAAAAUCUGCGACCGGUAUACCCAUCUGUACGGCGUGGACGGCGAGAUCUUCGCCGACUCGACCACCAUCACGGUCGAGGACUUCAACACGGGUCAGACAACAGUCCUUCGCCCCCCCGUCGAGAGUCACAGCCAUGGUGGCGGCGACACUGGCCUGACUCGCCAGUUCAUCCUUGCUGUCGACAAGGUCAGGAACCACGGUUGGUCCACCGACAGGGCGCAGAGGGAGCUCAUCGGCUGCACCCUGGAUGAGGUUCUCCGUAGCCACGCCAUGGUCUUCUGCGCGGAGGCAGCGCGGCGCGGCAGGAAGGUGGUCGACUGGGCCGAAUGGUGGGCGGCCGAGGUCCAGGCCAAGUCAACAAACACAGGUUCGGAUUUGAUCCCCUCCCCGAGUUAG